CCGAUUGGAUGUGAAUCUGCCGUUAAGCAGUUUGCAGACCACCGGGAUAGGCGUGUUUACUUGCGCUGUGCUUGUGCGAAAGCGCGCCAACAGGAUAGCCCAUUGGUUUCAUAGACUGAGUAGCACAAUUUUUAAACAAUUUUUGCAGGACAUGGCAUCCACAGACAACACAAAGUCAAGGAACCUGCCGUGGGUUGAGAAGUACCGGCCACAAACUUUGGAUGACCUUAUCUCACACCAAGACAUUCUGAGUACAAUUCAGAAAUUUAUUAGUGAGGACCGGUUGCCUCACCUGCUGUUCUAUGGACCUCCCGGCACAGGAAAGACGUCAACCAUCCUGGCUUGUGCCAGGCAGCUCUACAAGGAUAAGGAAUUUAACUCCAUGGUCCUAGAGCUGAACGCAUCGGACGACAGAGGUAUCGAUGUUGUACGAGGGCCCAUCCUGAGCUUUGCCAGCACCAGGACCAUUUUCAAGAAAGGCUUUAAGUUGGUUAUCCUGGACGAAGCAGAUGCUAUGACUCAGGAUGCCCAGAAUGCAUUGAGGAGAGUCAUCGAGAAGUUCACGGAAAACACCAGGUUCUGCCUGAUCUGUAACUACCUGUCCAAGAUCAUCCCCGCCCUGCAGUCCCGGUGCACCCGCUUCCGAUUCGGACCCCUGUCCCCGGACCAGAUGGUCCCCCGUCUGGAGCACGUCGUCCAGCAGGAGAAUAUCGACAUCACCCCAGACGGAAUGAAGGCCAUCGUGACUCUGUCCACAGGAGACAUGAGAAGAUCUCUGAACAUUCUGCAGAGCACCAGCAUGGCGUAUGGAAAGGUGACAGAGGACACCGUGUACACUUGCACGGGUCAUCCACUCAAGUCGGACAUCGCAAACAUCCUCGACUGGUCGUUGAACAAAGACUUUACCUCCGCAUACAAGCAGAUCCUGCAGCUAAAAACCUUGAAAGGUCUGGCUCUGCAUGACAUUUUGACAGAAGUACAUCUGCUCAUACACAGAGUGGACUUCCCACCAUCAAUUCGAAUGGGCCUGCUCAUCAAGUUGGCAGACAUUGAGUACAGGCUAGCUUCUGGGACCAGCGAGAAGAUCCAGCUGAGCUCCAUGGUCGCAGCCUUCCAGGCCGUGCGGGACUUGGUGGUCAGCGACGGCUAGGCUCCUCCCCCGUCGCGUGAUUCCAGAGCUUUGCAAUCAAACGGCUUGAAUUUGAGCAGAGGGGUUGGGGGGGGGGGGGGGGA